AUCCGAUUUUGAGAAACACCCAAUACAAACCAAAACAAUGUCUUUAGAAAUUUGCAUAGUCCCCUUCUGGGGACAAGGCCACAUAUUCCCCUGCGUGGAACUAUGCAAUCACUUAGCUUCAAGAAACAUCACCAUCACUCUCAUUAUCCCCUCCACCCUCACCACUUCCCUACCCUCUUCGCUCCGCCAACACCCUCUGCUUCGAAUCACCCAUUUCCCAUCUUCACCCACGCCGCCACCCCACGACCACCUCGUCCCGGAGCUCCAAACCAUCUUCUCCGCCAACCCGACCCCACCCGCUUGCGCCAUCGUCGACGUCAUGAUGAACUGGACCAUCCCCAUCUUCGCCAAACUUCAUAUUCCCACGGUGGCGUUCUUCACCUCCGCCGCCUGCUCCGCCGCCAUGGAACUCGCCGCCUGGAAAGCCCACCCGUUAGACCUCAAACCCGGAGAGACCCGUUUAAUUCCCGGGUUGCCCCGAGACAUGGCGCUCACGCAUUCCGAUCUCAAACAACGACCUCACCAACCUCCGCCACCGCCGCACGACGGCGGCGGAGGACACGGAUUUCAUCCUCCGCCGCCGCCGCCUAAGCUCGGAGGCCCGCCACCGUGGGUGGAGGAGCUUGAAGACGCCACCGCGUUGAUGUUCAACACGUGUGACGAACUGGAGCGUCCGUUUAUUAAUUUCAUAGCAAACCAUAUUAAAAAACCGGUUUGGGGCGUUGGACCGCUUCUCCCCGAGCAGUACUGGAAAUCAACCGGUUCACUUCUCCACGACCGGGACGUCCGGUCGAACCGUAAGUCGAGUGUCACCGAAGAAGAAGUAACCCAAUGGUUGGAUUCAAAGCCACGUGGAUCAGUUUUAUACAUAUCAUUCGGCACCGAGGUGGGUCCCACCGUGGAGGAGUAUGAAGAACUGGCUCAAGGGCUUGAGUCAUGUGAGGAACCAUUUAUAUGGGUUCUCCAACCCAGUUCGGGUAGACCGGGUCCACCCAACAUGGGUGAUGAAAGUGAAGAAGGGUUUUUUCCUUAUGGGUUGGAAGGUAGAGUUGGAAAUAGGGGUUUGAUAAUUCGUGGGUGGGCCCCGCAAUUGUUGAUACUGAGUCACCCUUCAACUGGGGGAUUCUUGUCCCACUGUGGUUGGAAUUCUACGGUGGAAGGUGUUGGACGAGGGGUACCGUUCUUGGUGUACCCCAUUAGGGGUGAUCAGUACCAUAAUGCAAAGUUGGUGGUGUCGCAUCUUAAGGUGGGUUAUAUGGUGAGUGAAGAUAUGACGGUGAAGGUAACGAGGGAUGAUAUAGUUGAGGGAAUCACAAGGUUGAUGGGUGAUAAAGAGAUGAAGAGGAAUGCUGAGAUUCUUGGUGAAAAGUUUCUGCAUGGGUUUCCGAGAAGUUCGGUGGAGGCUUUGGAUUAUUUUAUGAAUUUUAUCAAGCAGAGAGCUGUCUAGGCUUCUUGUCCUUGGUUACUUAAAACAGUAUGUUUCUUCGUACAAUGUGGACGGUUUAUCAGGUUAAGUGUAAUUCCUUCAACUAAAAUAAUGGAUUUAGCUACCAGUCAUGGCAAUGACAAGCCUGGGUCGGUGCACUUUGGUUAAUACCUAAAAUUUAACUAUUUGUCUUCCUCAAAUUCGAAACCAACAUCAUUGAGGGAUGAAUAUUAAUUGAUUACUGUCAACCAAAGGGAACUUGAAUUCGAUGUCAUCACCUUUCACCACCACUGAUCAUGAGACUUCGACAACGAUAAGUUAAUGGUGAAUACUAUAGUGAACCUGUGAAGCAAUAUUUUAUUUUAUUUUUCUAAUAAUGUUUGUUUUAAGUAAAAAUGCAAAUCACUGGUUAAGAUUCAGGCA